AGAUGCUCAUUGGCACAGAUUCAUUUGGGUGUCGAGCUGUUGUCAUCUUUGAAAGCUACAGUAAUGGCAGUCAAGUCAAUCAUCCUCACCUUUGACUAUGAUUAUUUGAAUGAUACCAUCCACGACAAUCAAACACCCUAUGUUCCGGAUCCAAAGAUGAUACCAUGUGAGAUAAAACCGCUGGCUCCUACAGCAGCUGUGACGCUGUGUCUCGUCCUCAUAGUCAUCUUUUUCCUGGCAAUAACAGGGAACCUGUUAGUGGGGUUGGUGAUCGGCACCAGCAGACAGGCACUGACUUCAUCGGAUGUGUACUUGUUUCACCUGACAAUCGCAGAUGGUCUGAUGGCCCUAACCAUCCCGUUCUGGGCUGUAGCACUCACUAAUGGAUGGAUCUUUGGAGACUUCAUGUGCAAGUUCCUCAGCCUCGUCAUCGAAGCAAACUUCUACACCAGCAUUCUCUUCCUGGCCUGCAUUAGCAUCGAUCGUUAUCUUGUGAUCGUGCACGCCAGCGAGAGUCUAAGGACUCGUCAGAGGAUGUGCAGCCGGCUCCUGUGUGCAGCAGUGUGGGCCUUCGGUUGGGCCCUUGCUCUGCCUGCACUUUUCAACGAUGCCUUCAAGCCAGACCCUGACAAAGAGAGGAUGGUUUGCUCUGAAAGCUUUGACAUCGGCAGUGCCUCCUCGUGGAGGAGUGCCACUCGCGGGUUCCGCCAUAUUUUUGGUUUCAUGCUUCCUCUGAUUGUCAUGAUAACCUGCUACAGCAUCACCAUCGCAAGGCUGCUGCACACUCGCGGGUUCCAGAAGCACCGCGCCAUGAAGGUGAUCAUAGCUGUGGUGAUUGUGUUUCUGCUGUGCUGGACGCCGUACCACAUAACCAUGAUGGUGGACACACUCCUGAGGGCUGAUCUGAUACCGUUUGACUGCGCUUUCAGGAGAUCAAUGAACAUGGCUUUGGUUAUAACCUACAGCCUGGCCUUGUUCCACAGCUGCAUCAACCCUGUCCUCUAUGCCUUUGUGGGAGAGAAGUUCAGGAACAAUAUGAUGCGACUUCUUCAGAGGAAAUCCCGACAGGAGAGGGUGUCGGUGUCAAAGAUCAGCAGGUCAACAUCUCAGACCUCAGAGAGUAACGGAACUGUUCUCUGAAGCCUCAGUGGACUUUGAAAAAUAAUGUUUAGCAUUGUUUAUUGUCCCUUUUUCUCUCACUAAGGGUUAGUCAAAUCAGAGAGGAAGUAAUUUCCAUCUGAAGUCUGAAAAUCUGUAAUAUAUUGAGUGUCACACAUUCUCUGCUUUUAAUUUGUGGUGCACUGCUGCCAUCUAUUGAAUUUACUGUUGUCUGCAUCCACUAUGGACAGCUGUAACCCUCAAAGCCAAUCAAAACUAUGUUCAUUUUUUGUAUUGAUUUCCAUUUUUCUUGCUGAAGAGUGGACCGGCAUUUGGAUUUAGGAUAUGAUUUCAAUGUUAUCUUGGAGGACAUGUAUUUUAAAUACACAGGUGGAAUUCAACCCUUCACUAUGUCAGUGCUUCUAUCAUCCUGCUGAUGUUUCUGUGUUUAUUUAUAUUCCCUAUAAGGUUUGUAUACGCUGUAAAUACUGUUCAUCAUUACAAAUAAAAGGCUUUGCAAUCCUUCCUGCACUGACUGCUUUAAUCGUGUAGACCAAUGGUUGGUUAGUGUUCACAGGGUCUUUCUAACCAAUAAAAUAUUAAGAACUCA